CAUUAUGCAGCUGCUAUCAAUGAUAAAAAUAAAAUAAAAAAUGCAAACUAAAUAUAAGAAAUAUUUUGAUAAAUAUAUUAGAAAUUUGAUAGCUAAAUCAAAUAAAAAUAUAGUUCUGAAACAAAGCAAUCACAGUACGAACGAUGAGCUUUGUGUGGAAAGUUUUUGCAGCUUGCUUCCUGCUUCAAGGUGUUUUCGCCCAACUACCGCUGAAUAAUGAACUGACGAUCCGCAAGGGCGACCAAGUGUUGAAUAGAAACGCUGCAGCAUUUUUUGAAGCCAUUUUCAAUCCUAACAAUGAAAAAACAAUUUCGGUUAGCAACAUCAUACCAGAUGACAUUAGUACAGAAGUGUGCCUGGAUAUAUACACCGCGCGACUGGAUAUCGCCACCGUGGUUGGUGGCAAUAAAGUGCGACAAUGUUUACGCGUUAACAAUUUUCUGCUCGAAAUCUAUAUGAAGAUGUUUGGCGUAUUAACUUUGCAGCCGCAAUUUUUACAAGGCAUUCAGCAGUGUUCCUCAGAAUUUAUAAUGGACUUAAAAUUCCGGUGCUAUUCUAGUGUAAUUACCAGGAUAUUUAGAGAACUGAACUACAUCCCAACUGAGGCGCAAGAAAUCGACGAACGCUGUGUAUAUUUUGAAUUAGAUCGAUUUGUACGACAUCUGGGGAAGGCUACUGAUAAAUAUGAAAGAUGUAUUUUAUACUCGAAAAAUGUUUGCAAGAACUCUACUAUACCCACCCCACCUAAGUAUAAUACUACGUUGGCUCCUCCACAAUGGAACUCUACUAGGUAUCUGCCUCAUUUGAAUAGCACAUGGACUCCUCCUCUAUGGAACGCUACUUGGAAUCCACCUCAAUGGAAUACUACCAAAGCGCCACCUCAAUCGAAUAGCACAUGGGCUCCUCCUCAAUGGAACACCACUUGGACUUGGAAUCCACCUCAAUGGAAUAGCACGUGGGCUCCUCCUCAAUGGAACACUACUAAAACACCACCUCAAUCGAAUAUCACAUGGGCUCCUCCUCAAUGGAACACCACUUGGAAUCCACCUCAAUGGAAUAGCACAUGGGAUCCACCUCAAGCGAAUAGCACGUGGGCUCCUCCUCACUGGAACACUACUUGGAAUCCACCUCAAUGGAAUAGCACAUGGGAUCCACCUCAAGCGAAUAGCACAUGGGCUCCUCCUCAAUGGAACACCACUUGGAAUCCACCUCAAUGGAAUAGCACAUGGGAUCCACCUCAAGCGAAUAGCACAUGGGCUCCUCCUCAAUGGAACACCACUUGGAAUCCACCUCAAUGGAAUAGCACAUGGGAUCCACCUCAAUGGAAUAGCACAUGGGCUCCUCCUCAAUGGAACACUACUUGGAAUCCACCUCAAGCGAAUAGCACAUGGGAUCCACCUCAAGCAAAUAGCACAUGGGCUCCUCCUCAAUCGAACACUACUUGGAAUCCCCCUCAUUGGAAUAGCACAUGGGAUCCACCUCAAGCGAAUAGCACAUGGGCUCCUCCUCAAUGGGGCACCACUUGGAAUCCACCUCAAUGGAAUAGCACAUGGGAUCCACCACAAUCAAAUAGCACAUGGGAUCCUCCACAAUGGAACACUACUUGGAACCCACUUCAAUGGAAUAGAACAUGGAAUCCACCUCAAUCGAAUAGCUCCUGGGCCCCUCCUCAAUCGAAUGGCACAUUGGAUGCACCUCAAUGGAGUAGCAUAUUGGCUCUUCUAGAAGGAGACUCAACUAGGGACCCUCCUCAGUUGGACACCGAGUGGGCUUCUCCACAAUUUAACACUUCAAUAAACUCAACGUGGAAUCCACUACAGUCCAACUCAUCUGGCAAUUUAAACGCUACUCAGAUACGAGCAUCAUUAAAUACAACAGAGGAUGCAGAAGUUCCGAAUACUGCCGAAAGCAGUUCCGUUAGCGAGAGUACGCAUUGGUGGCAAAAGCUUUGGCGUUUAUUCUGUUAAUAUUUGUAUAUAUGUAUGUAUAUUAAAGCCAAUGCAU